AUGGGUUUUGAAUUUGAUGUAGUUCUGUUAACUGGGUUGCUUGAUUUUUAUGCAAAAGUUGGGGAUUUAUGGUCUGCACGGAAAGUGUUUGUGGAAAUGCCCGAGAGAGAUAUUAUUGCUACUAAUGCUAUGAUUUCAGCUUUUAGUAGACAUGGUUGUGUUAAGGAGGCAAAGAAGCUGUUUGAAAAUAUGUCUCUGAGGAAUUCAGCUUCUUGGAAUUCGUUAAUUUCGUGUUACUGCAAAUCAAGUGAAGUUGACAAUGCUCGAUUAAUCUUUGAUCGAAAUCCAAUGAAAGAUGUGGUCUCAUGGAAUGCAAUGAUCGAUGGAUAUUGUAAGUCGGAGCAAAUGGUCAAGGCGGAAGAAUUGUUUGUCGAGAUGGGGUUCAUGAAAGAUGUUGUGACUUGGAAUACGAUGAUUGCAGGAUAUGUUCAAUGUGGUGAAUUCGUUAGAGCGAUAAAUUUGUUUCAACGUAUGGUAAGGGAAGAAGUAAAACCAACUGAGGUGACAAUGGUAAGCUUGCUUUCUGCUUGUGCUCAUUUAGGAGCUUUAGACAUGGGUGAAUGGAUUCAUAGUUAUAUUAGAACGAAGAAAAUCAAGAUCGAUUAUGUCCUGGGUAACGUGCUUAUAGAUAUGUACUUCAAAUGUGGGGAUGUUGUAGGUGCUACACAAGUCUUCCAUGGCCUGUAUGAUAGAAACAUCUUUUGCUGGAAUUCCGUCAUCAUUGGGCUAGGAAUGCACGGGUAUGGGAAGGAAGCUGUAGACGCUUUCAUUGCGAUGGAAGGAGAGGGGAUAAAACCAGACGGUGUGACUUUCGUUGGGCUUCUAUGUUCGUGUAGCCAUUCUGGAUUAGUCUCCGUUGGGAGAAGUUACUUUUCACAGAUGAAGAGCGUUUAUGGUAUUGAGCCCGGAAUUGAACAUUAUGGAUGCAUGAUCGACCUUUUAGGUCGAUCAGGAUGCCUUCAAGAAGCACUAGAACUUAUAAAGAACAUGCCAAUGAAGCCCAAUGCAGUUGUCUGGGGUGGUCUGCUCCAAGCGUGUCACAAGCAUAAGGAUGCAAAACUAUGGGAAGAGGUGACGGAGAAUCUUCUGAGUUUGGAUCCACACGAUGGAGGAAACUACGUCUUCUUAUCCAACCUCUACGCAUCUUUAAACCGAUGGAGCGAAGUUGAUCAAUGCAGAAAGUUAAUGAUCAAGAGGGGUGUACACAAAACACCCGGAUGCAGUUCAAUCGAGGUGGAAAACAUUAUAUACGAAUUUGUAGCUGGAGAUACUUCACAUCCUCAAAUUAACGUGUUCCUGGAUAAGAUCGCGAAGGAACUACAGGCUCAUGGAUAUGAACCAGAUACAACUUCGGUAUUACAUGAUGUUGAGGAUGAAGAGAAGGAGAGUGUCGUUCGAUACCACUGA